ACACCCGAACAGUCGCAACAUAUCCUCCGGGACAUAUCCACUCUUGCUCGACAAGAAACUAGGAUCACCAAGCACAGCAAACGAUCAUCUGCCAGCCUCACAUAACGACAAAUCGCCACCGACGGCCUCGAUAAAAUCCCCGGACGGGGUCCUCCAUUCAAACUGAUGGCGCAACAACUCUACCUCCAACUUCAUUACUCGGGCCUCAGCCCUACCACCGAGUUUCACUCACCCACGACAAGCUACCACAGGACAUCGUCAUCGUCCUUGUCACCAUCCCCUGUGAUGGUUGUCGGUACCGUCUUUAGGCCAACCAGACCUGAGGACUGGGAGCCAUACCGGGAUCUAAUAGCUCAUCUGUAUACGACGAUGAAGCUGAAGGAUGUCAUGAACGAGAUGCACACCAAACACAAUUUCAAGGCGACCGAGAAGCAGUAUAAGACGCAGAUCAAAAAGUGGAACCUGGACACCAAGUACACCAAGGCCUCGGAGUACAUGGCCAUGAUCAAGACCAAGAGGCGACGAGAAAAUGAGAAUCCCCCAAAACAAACACGCUUCAUCCUGCGGGGGCGACCAGUGGAUCCAAAAGAUAUCAACCGGUUCGAGAAGCGGGCAUCCAAGAAGGGAAUGAUGAAGGAUGAAGAGCUCGCCUACAACACCAAGGAAGCAGAGGAUAUUGAAGAUUUGGUCUACAUCACUCCAUCACCCUCACCAGAGCCAACUUUUUCGUCAUACGCUCCUCCCCCAGCUCCAACACAAUACCAAACAACAGACUACCAUCAACAAUAGCAAUCAAUGGGAGUGGGAGCUCAUCAUCACCAAGCACCCACGACGGACGACCUGAUUGGGGACUGGCUGGCCCGCGGGAGACUUGCUACUACUACUAGUACUAGUACUUCCCAGGCAUUUCACCAUCAUCAUCACCAGUCUCAGUCAGCAGCAGCAUACCCGUCGUAUCCGUCGUACGCUGCUCAUCAGUACACGACGACGGCGGUCCCGAGCACUCA